AUGCCUCGCUUGUUGGAUCUCGCGCUGCUCCUCUUUGGUUUCCAGGCCGCAGGCGUCUUCGCCCAAGCCGCACCUGAGGUUGACGAAGAGGUCGAGAAUCCCUCCACGAGCCCUGCCCUUGCCGUGACCGUGGAAGCAGCCUUUCCUGACGCGGAGAUCUUUGGCAUCAAGCUUGUCAAUGGCAAGCCCGCCGAGUCGGUCCUGUCGUUCAUGAACGAAGAACCCGAACCGAUCACCGUCCAGUUCAUCGGCGGUAGCUUGUGGACCAUUGACCCCCAGAACUCUCGCAUCGUCCGAAACCUGACCACUUCUCAAUAUGCUAUCGAGAUUCCACCUGGCGAGAAGCAAAGUCUGCCCUACCGCUUCCAGACCAACCUGCACCCGCAAGAUCUGCGACUCAACCUCGCUGCUGUGAUCAUGUCCCAGUCCACUUUCUACACUGUGCAGGCCUUCAAUGGCACGGUCACUGUCGUAGAUCCGGAUGCGAGCAUCUUCGAUCCUCAGAUUCUCUUCUUGUAUUUAUUCCUGCUCGCUUCCGCGCUCGGAGUCGGCUACUGGUUCUACACUAUCUGGGUCGCCCCCUACUUUCCUCAGAAGCGCCGUGCUGCCACCAAGAAAGCUCCGGUCAAGAAGAUCGACGUCGGCGCUGUCCAUUCCGACACUGAAGGUCCGGCUGUUUCGACUGGUUCAAAGGCCUACAACGAAGAAUGGAUUCCAAGCCACCACAUUCAGCGUCCCGAGGCUCGCAGAGUGAAGAGUGGUGCGAGACCCAAGAGUCGUGGCAGAGCUGAAUAG